AUGGAGGUGUCUCCUACCUUUCAUAUGCUCCCUACACCUGAAGGCUCGGAUAAUAGUGGUGGUGCUGACCUUAUUCUGUCUCCUUACACACUGGCUAAUCCGGGUGUAUUUGCAGAGGACGUUUUUACGGAAGAAGAGUAUUUCUUUCAACUAGAACCUACCAUGUUGCCCGGAACGUCCACAUAUUCCCAUUCAUACAUGAUAUCACCACAAUCAUCGCCCACUUUACCUCCAGACAUGAACAUUAACAACACGACAACAAAUUCAUUUAGCCGACCCACCAAUAAUUUAUCAAGAUCAAAAUCUAUGAUAUACUCGACCCGUAACAACAACAAUAAUAGUAAUAGUCAUCAGCAUCAGCAUCGAUACACACCACUAAUGAAACAAAAAUCGAUGUGCACGAAUUCUACAAUAUCCGCGUCUGGGACAACUUUGCGACGAAAGAAACCUUUAUCUUUACCGUUAACACAUCAACAGCAGCAACAUUUACAGCAGCAUCCGGAAUUGGACCCGUUAAAUCCAGCGACCGUGUCAACUAUGAUGGCUAGUAUGAUUUCUCCAAUAACUCCUGCCAUGCUAAUUAUGAAGAAAUCAAAGAAUUCGAGCUCCCAGAAUAGUAAAAAUAGAAAAGAUCAACAAAAGUUUACGGAUAAAUCAUUAAAUAAGCAAAUAUUCAUUUCUCCGACAUUAUCCCCUUCACCUAAUAAUCAGCAACAGAAACCAACAGCUCUUGUUAUGACCCCUGCUGUUACAAGUUCACAACCAUUACUUAUAUUUCCUAAUGGAACUAUUGUGUCACCUGUAAUGACACCAACGAUUGGAAAUGGUAAUAGUGGCGGAUCUUCUGCUGCUUCAUCCAAUAACAAUUCAUCCGGAAAUAAUAGUAGUGGAAGAAAGACUACUCGGCAAAAUCCCAAUUCUUCGUCUCCACUGGCCCUUGGACCUACCGCAACUCAAACUAGAAGUCCACAAGCCUUGAAACCCACGAUAAGUCCUAAUCUUAAGCCGAAAUUACCCGGUGCACUUGCUGAUGAAGUUGCCGAGCAAUUAGCACAAAAAUCAAAUUAUCAAAAUAUUCUGGAAGGAACUGCACAAUCGCUUGGUAUCUCGUACUCUUCAGAUCUACAAUCUAGUCUAGAAUCGCGUCGUACUACACAUAAAGCGGCCGAACAAAAGCGUAGAGACUCACUGAAGCAAAGCUUCGACGAGUUGAAGAAGGUCGUGCCGUUUAAAUCAAUGCUGAGUAAAAGUGUCACUGCAAACAGUAAUAAUGAUUCCAGUGGUAAUAGUAGCAGUGGUGGAGGCAAAAAUGGAGAUGGCACAAUGAAGAAUGUCAGUAAACUCUUUCUGUUGAAGAGAGGUAAAUAG